AUGACGAUAUACAACAUCUACAUCUUCAACCGUGCCGGCACCUGUCUCUAUUAUCAUGAGUGGAACCGGAAAAAGCGAUCCGGAAUGUCGCAGGAAGAGGAAUUCAAGUUGAUGUUUGGCAUGUUGUUUUCAUUGAAGUCAUUUGUUAGCAGACUGUCUCCUACUGAUCAAAUCCAAGGCUUGAGCAGUUACAGGACAAGUCAGUACAAGUUGAACUUCUAUGAAACUCCUAGCGGCCUGAAGAUUAUUCUCAAUACUGAUUUCAGUGUUGGCAAUAUAAAGGACACAUUACAUCAGCUCUAUAGUCAGGUUUUUGUAGAAUACGUCGUUAAGAACCCAAUCUGUGAUCAGGACCAACCAAUUAAAAGCGAAUUAUUUAAUUCAAAACUGGAUGAGUUUGUUAAAAGUUUACCAUUCUAUCCUGAAACCUGA